GCAGUGCGCAUCAAAUAGAGAGUAGAGACCUCGAUCCCACAGUCAAACCGUGAAAACUGUUUUGUGGGACACUGUUCUAUGUAAACUGUUUAUUUGUGUGUUAAUACAUAAAUAAUAAUAAUAAUAAACUAUCAUCAAAUCAUGAGUUUCACCGGUAAAGUGGCGAUAGUGACUGGUGCUGCCUCUGGAAUAGGAGCUGCUACAGCUAAAGCUUUAGCUAGAGAAGGAGCCAAAGUAUCUCUAGUGGACAAAGACGAAGUGAACCUUAAAAAAGUCGCCAAACAAUGUGAAGAACUCGGCAACAUAUCUCUCACCAUCACUGCAGAUGUCACUAAUGAUGAAGAUGUUGAAACCGUUGUGAGAGAAACUAUAGACCUAUUCGGUCAGUUAGAUAUUCUUAUCAACAACGCUGGAACUGCUAUGGAUUCGCGCAUAUUGAACGAAAAUUUCAUGGAAGGAUACGAUCAUAUUAUGAACACGAAUCUCCGCUCCGUGGUGUAUUUGACGCAUCUUGCCGCUCCUCAUCUGAUCAAGACCAAAGGUAAUGUUGUGAAUACUUCAAGUAACGCUACACAUCGGGUAUUUGGAGGACUACUUUCGUAUACUGUAUCAAAGGCGUGCGUAGAUCACUUCACGCGCUGCGCAGCUUUAGACCUAGCUGCUCAUGGAGUGAGAGUAAAUGCUAUAAACCCUGGCGCCACGAAGACAAAUAUAAUCAAGAAUUCAGGGUAUCCAGAGAGCGAUCAAGCGUGGGAGUAUUGGAAGGAUCGCAGUGCGUUGAAAAAAAUGGCGGAACCUGAAGAGAUAGCAGAUUUAAUUUUGUUUUUAGCCAGUGAUAAAGCUAGGAGUAUAACUGGAUCGACGUAUGUCUGUGAUAACGGGGUUGUUUUAGUAUAAUUACAUAUUUUAACUUUAUACGAGCAAUAUGUGUAUCUAUAGAAGCAAAGAGGAUCGAGUAUUAUAGAGAGUUACUGUCAAACUAAAAUGUGUAAUCACAGUGCAUAGACUGCCAUCUCUCGGCACAAGCUUAAAACAGUAUAACCUCAGUUUUGACAAUUUGGCCC